AUGGAAAAAAUGGUCAAUUUGUCAAUUUUAGAUGUUAGGGGUACUGAACUACCUCCUGAACCUGAGAAGCCAUUUCCUAAUGAUUGCUGUGGAUCAGGAUGCUCGCCUUGUGUUUUUGAUAUAUAUGAAAGAGACAUGGAGUUAUGGAGAAAAGAGUGUUUGUUGACCAAGCAUAAUAAUAAUAACAAAUCUUCAUCUGAAUCAGAGCAUAAUGCUUCCCUGUCAUUAAGCAAGUAUACCUCUCUUGAACUCCAGUCAGUUACUGAGCUGAACACUGAUACAUCAAGUUAUCGAUUCAAACUUCCAGAAGGUACAUCACUGAAACUAGAGGUAGGACAGCAUUUGUUGCUCAGGUCAAAAAAGGAAGACAAAAUUGUAACCAGAUCAUACACACCAAUAACUUGCAACCAAGGACACUUUGAUGUAAUCAUUAAGAGGUAUCAAAAUGGGAAAAUGUCUCAAUGCAUAUCGCAGUGGUCUGUUGGAGACAUGGUUGAAUGGAGAGGGCCUUUUGGCAAACUCAAGUACAAACCAAAUGAGUAUGACGAAGUAAUAAUGCUAGCUGCUGGCACUGGUAUUGCCCCUAUGCUUCAGUUAAUCAGAGCGGUUCUUGGUAAUGACAAUGAUGACACACGUUUGACACUUUUGUAUAGUUGUAAAAAGGCUUGUGAUAUCCUGAUGAAAGAUCAGCUUGAUGAGUUCAGAGCGUUUUGGAAUUUCAAUGUUACAUACUUUCUAACACAGGCCAGUUUAGAAGACGACCAAAGCUGCAUCAGAUAUGGAGAUGUUAUCCUCAAUACAAGGAUAGAUAAGGAUUUUUUGUUGAAUAUUCUACCCAAGGCAUCUGACCGCACAAAAAUCCUGAUAUGUGGAACGAAAUCAUUUGACAAAGACAUGAUAAACUAUGCUUUGAACAUAGGUUAUCAACUGGACGAAAUUUUUAUCUUUUAAAGUGGUUUUCUAAAUGCAUCAUAGCAGUCGCAUUUCCAAUAGAUUUUAACAGCCUUUUGCCAAUUAUUGCGUUUUAAGCAAAGUACGGCUCAGUUUUCGCCUAUAAUUAUCAGUAUCUCAAAAUCAUGGUUUUUGUAAUGUUAUUUUGCAAGUGAAGUUUUCAUCUGACAUAAUGAAAUCAUGUUUGUUCAGUGAACGCAUUUGAUUUUAGGCCAGAGCUGGCAAGUUUGCAUUAUACAUUGUACAUAACCUCCAUUGGCUCAUUGGCGGGUUUAAAGGGGGCAACUAGAGGAAGUUGCCCCUCCUUCGACGAGUUGAAACAAGUCUGGCGCCCUCUUUUCGGAAAUUGUGCGCCCCUUUUGAAAAAUAAGAAUCAGGGCUCAAAAAGUCACAAAUUGUAUAACAUUUUUCAGCGCCCCCACCACCAACUGCCCCUCCUUCAAUUUUCCUCUGGAUCAUGAGCCCCUGCAUUGGCUUGCUUUGCGUUCACAGCAUAUUAAUUUAGCGAUCUGCCAUAUUUAGGCAGCUGUUUACUUAAAUGAGAAGAAAACAAAAAACUCAGCAAAUGAUGUAACUGGCCAAUAGAACGCCUCAACUCCAGAUCAGUCAAUAUUGCAAUCUUUAAUUACACGCGGCAAUCAUAGGGUAAUUAAGAACCUGUCGUGUUUUCAGUUUAGUUGCGAAGUAUAAAAAGACAUGAAUAUUUCAUGUGAUAUUAAAGUGACCAGAGGCAAUAUUUUGCCUUUUUUAUUGAUAACUGCUUUCCUUUUGUUGGGUUGAAUGUGGUUUUAUUUACAUACAUGGUUACGUCCUUAGAGGCUAAAAAAUCCAUAACAAAUUCAAUGUUAUUGUCGCCUUUCUUUAUUUUUAUUCCGAAGUUCAACAGUCAGACCCCUCCCCUUGUGUACAGGAUAAGAGGAAAUCUCCUGAUCAUCUUGUAGGAGAAAGACUUCUUUAUUUUGCUUUCAGAUCCCCGUUGACACACCGAUUUGUCCACUGAAGCAUCUUAAAACUGUAUAUGUGCAUAUUCAAAUGAUUCAAAUUUACCGUUUAGCAAAUACUUUGAAAACGGUUUGACAAGCAUUAUGUUUAUGCAAACGAGUGAUUUGAUUAAAAUUAGGGAUUUAUGUAUAGUUCAUAGAAUCAUUUCUGGCUAUGACAUUUAAUUUUAUUAAAUGCAGUUGAUCGUUAAUUUCGUUGCCAUUAUCACUGUACAUUUGGUUUAUUCCAUAUAAAGACCAUAAACAAUUCCAACAGCAAAGAA